AUGCGCCUUUCUAGGCGUGUCCAGCUGAGCCCUGAUGUGAUUGAUUCAAGCCUUCAGCGGCUGAACUGCGUGUCACAAAAUAUCAUAGAGGUGGAUAUUCAUCCAACGGUUCUGGCGCUCCUCACGUCUGUCUCUCCGGAUGUUGUGCGUAAAACGGUGGCGGAAUUGCCGCUGCACGACGCCGGCAGUGUCGGACAAGACGACGGAAUGGAAUUUAGCGCUGCGGGGAUGAAUACGGCGCUGGCAAGUUCCCUGCACACUGUGCUUCUUUCCCGUAACCGUUUGACAACCACAUUGGGCCUCGUCCAGUUCAAGAACGUGGUGCGGCUUUCUUUGCUUGGGAACAGAGUACAACGCAUUGAGGACUGCGAGGCGCUUUCUUUGCUACCUGCAUUACAGUAUCUUACGCUCGAGUUCAAUCCAGUGGCGUCGCUCCCACACUAUCGCGCCCACAUGUUGCGCAUCUGUUCCUGGCCUGACACUCUAAGCACAAAAAAAUGUCGACUGAGAAAGUUGGACGCCCGGUCUGUUUUACCGGCUGAGGUGGAGCGCGCUGCGGAGUGCCUUCAGCGCGAAAAGGUUACAUUAGGUGAACUUGUCCACCGCAUGCGAUUUUUGUCCCUCUUGGCAGAAGCAGAGAAACGAAUCGCGUUACACAAUGAACUUCGUCGUCGGGGCUUCGUGCUGCGAGACACCCUUCUUAAUCUAACGGUGGAGAGUAUCGUUACCAGAUGUUCCGCACAGCUCUUGGCUCUCAUUGACGUUGGGGCUGCGUCACACCUUGCGAGGCGUCUCAUGAGCGGGAAGUGUCGCAUGUGUGCCAUGACCCCAGAGAAUUCCUUUGACGCUGAUGCUUCUGCCGAGGACGAACUCUCGCGGGUGGCCACUUCCUUUGCGCACUCGCGUUCCAGUUCCAACAUGCUGGCGCUUCAAAGUCCCUACCAAGCUGACUUGACAGCCUUCUGCAAGGAUUGGUCAAGGGACGUCUUUCGUCGCGCCAUGACUUCACUCGAUCACCGUAUUUGUGGCCUUCUUCUCAGCAUUGCCCGGACGUUGGGUGAGGAGCUAACCGUGAUGGACGUGGAUCACUUGAAUAAGCUUUGGUUCACGCAGGUCGCCAAGGUUGACAGCUGCGAAUUCUACCGAUGCCAGAAUCGAAGGAAAAAUCUCUUGGGAGGUGGGAAGUUACCCACAUUUACCGCAAGAAGAGAGACGUCGCGGGUGGAAGUGAAAGAGUUAACGAGGGAGAAUUCUACAAGGGAGGAAUUUGUUCGUGUUCCACUCAGCCCCACUAGAACCCAUCUGCAUACCCCAUGCGUGGAAGCAAAAGGUGACGGGGCGGACGCCUUCUCGCUGCGCAGCAUCUCGCCCAUUACCCAACACGGUAUGCACGCCAGUGACGUCAUUGCGGCCCAUGACCGGCAGGAGGCGGGUUCCGCUGCAUUGGGCGAUUCCUGUCGCAAGCGGCCGGGAUUGCCCAAAGCACCACACAACGGGGGCCAUACAGAAGCGUUGGUGGAGCCUGCAACGGUGGAGGAGUACAGCAGCGAUCGGGCAUCGGUGGAGCUGCCGCUGGCGGCGCCCGUCCCAUUCCCGGCACCGAAGGAAGAAUUUCUGCUGGAGCAAGAACUGUUGCAAAAGCUUAACUGGCAUGUGCGUCAGCGCGUCCUGCGUGUGUGGAAAACCAAGGCGUGGCGGAGGCGGCAAGACAAGCUCUGUUUAAAAUUUACUCAGAACCGCCUCGAGGGUUUACUACUCCUUUCAACUCCAACCCUACACGCUGUCUGUAGUACGCUGCAGCUGAUCCCGCGGAGAGAGCGAAAGCGUGUACUCUUUCAGUUUUGGCGCGAGCAGGCUCGACGGUCGUAUGCUCCCAGGUUGCUCCGUCUGGCGCAGCUGUUCACACGAUGGCGAUGGCGGACGGACCAACAGCGGAUCAUUACUCACUUUGCGUUGGAACGCCGCACACGAAUUUUAACUGAGGUAUGGCGUUCUUGGCGUGAAGCUCUGCAUACGCGCGUUGCAGAGGCACGCACUCGCUUGAGGGAGAGCGCACACAUCAUAGAUGCCGUCCCAAAUGUGAUGACGGGCUUCCAACCACCUACACAAAAUGGUCCGGCACGCAUGAAGAUGUCUUCUGAGACACACGCAGGGGAAUCACAGCAAACCCCUUUUGAGAGCUGCUCUCUCUUCAAGGUGGCAACAGAGGCCACACCGGGUCUCACAUGCAGUACAAAGCUCUCCGUGAACGGCGCAGUUAACGUGCCGCACACCAUCCGCUUGGUGGGCACCCCUGCGGUUGCAUCCCGUCUUUCACUGCCGAUGGUAACUCCGAACGCGGCAGAGUCUCCGUCUCUGCAGCCGCCCUCCCUCUGUGACAAGGAAACGCAGACAACACCGCCACCAUCGAACAACGACCCCACUUAUGAAUCCAGGGAUAAAUUUUGUUUGGAGGCCAAGCAGGCAGUAGAGGCGAUGCAGGUUGAUCGCCUACGCCUUGUCGAUCGACUGAUCGCGCUAGAACAACGGCUUAGUGAGGAAUCUCUGCGUGUUCAGCAUCGAGACGAGGAGAUUGUAGGACUCAAACGAAAGCUCAACGCCAUGGUGCUGCGCGAGGAAUGUGUGGGUUCUACUAUUGGCGAUUACCAGCGAGAGAUAGAGCAUCUGAGGGCUGUCGUUCAGGCCUUGCGAGAGGAAAGGCGGGAAAUGUUGCGUCCCAUUUUGCACUGA